AUGCUUGCAUGGGCUCUGUAUGGCGUUACGACCAACCCGGCAAUCCUGGAGCGAGACGGCGUGCAGUGCUCGCUGGCCGGCACGACGGCGCUCUGUGAGGCGGCCGCAGCUCUGGGGCUGCGCGAGCUGCAGCUGCAGGCCUGGGGCCCCUCCCCCGACGCGCUGCUGGCAGCUGCCCUGCAGCUUCAGGACCUGCGGCCGCACUACUGCCCCAGCGUAGCGCUGACCAUCAAGCUGCCAUGCACGGCCGAGGGGCUGGCCGCGGCGGCGCAGCUGAGGCAGCGGCGGCCGGAGUCAUCUGUCACUAUCACUGGGGUGUACGCGGCACACCAGGCGCUGCUGGCAAGGGCCGUGGGUGCGGACUACGUUGCCCCCUACCUGGGGAGGAUGGGGGACGCGGGCGGCCACGAGGAGGCCCUGCAGGAAGUUGCGUCGAUGGCAGCUGCCAUGCGCGCCACCAGCGGCCCUGCACACCCGCCGACGCGCGUGCUGGUCGCCUCCAUACGCCAGGCGUCCCAGAUGGCGCGCCUGGCAGCUGCCGGCUGCGACACGUUCACGUUUGCGCCAGCCGUGAUGGAGGAGAUGCUUGGGGUGCCGCAGACGCUGGCCGCGAUAGCAAACUUUGAGGCGGCGGCCGCGCGCAACGGCGCGGUUGGGGUGGCAGCGGCGGGGAUGGUGGUGGUGCCGUCGUGA